AAAGAAAAGCUUUUUCGUCAAAACGAAAGCGAGCUUGCGCAGUUGUGUUUGUACUUCGAUUCGGUGAUGGUGGUGUCUUGUGUUUAGGUUUCGUGGUGAACUCUUCAUCAGCCAAAAAAAUAUGAGCUAGUGGGUCGUGUCUAUUGCUCAUGGCUAGUGAUUAUGCUUGUGGUUAGAGUCGCUCCUCCUGCCGUAGUGAAAAUAUGUAGUUGUUUCCCCGAAGCCGAGACAGUCAUUAUUGUAAUUUCAAGUGCAAGGUGAAGAACACUCGGGAAGAAACCUCAAAAUGCGUGAAAGAUUAGUGCUCUUGCUGGAGGGGCAUCGAUUCGAUUGGCAAUAAUACCACUGUCUACCUACAUAGUUACUUACACCUAGGUAUACUCAUUCUAUAUGUUUGCCAUCAAUCGAAAGCAAGUAAGACGACGACGACGACAUUGUGUGCUACGAGCAGAAGAUAAUCAUCUUGUCUAAAUUCUAAUCGGUUCCGGAACCGAAAAGUGACAGCACCAAAGCUAAUCGAAGUGGUAACUUUCGAACGGUCGUGAUUUCUUGUUUGUCUGCUUGUUUUCCUGUGCACCCGAAUCCGGACCAUCGCCCGAGAAAAAGAAAAAAAUGGGCUUUGUCAAAGAUCCGUGCGGAAUUGUUUGCGUGCUGGUGACCUACUUGGCGGUGAUCUAUGCCGACUAUGUGGUCACCCGGUGGAUCAUCCUGCAAACCAUGCAAAACAGCCUUUGGGCUCCAUUCCACGUGGUGGCAUUCAACACCAUUGUGUUCCUGCUCUCGAUGGCCCACCUCAAGGCGGUCCUGCUGGACCCAGGCACUGUGCCGCUGCCACAGACCCGCAUCGACUUCUCCGAUCUGCACUCGGAACGGAACUACAACCGCGAGCACGAAGAGUGGACCGUUUGCACCCGUUGCGAGACGUACCGUCCGCCGAGAGCCCAUCACUGCCGGAUCUGCAAGCGCUGCAUCCGCCGGAUGGACCACCACUGCCCAUGGAUCAACAACUGCGUCGGCGAGCGGAACCAGAAGUACUUCCUGCAGUUCCUGAUGUACGUCUGCGCGCUGGCCCUGUACUCGAUCUUCCUGAUCAUUGCCUCGUGGGUGUAUCCGUGCGAGAACUGUUCGACGACGGUUCCGGAAACUCAGAGCCGGAUGUUGCACAGUGUCCUGCUGCUGCUGGAAUCGGCCCUCUUCGGGCUGUUCGUGAUAGCCAUCAUGGUGGACCAGAUGCAUGCCAUCCUGUACGACGAGACGGCCGUGGAAGCGGUCCAACAGAAGGGUCCUUACAGGAGCCACCGGCCCAAGAUGGCACUGUUGGCCGAGGUGUGCGGCCGGGGUCAUCCGGCUAUGUGGCUGUUCCCCUGUGCUACGCUCAAUAGGAAACACCACGACGUGCCGCUGUUAAGUCACGACGUCUAAAGUUGGGGGUUUUCUUCUAGACAGAAAGGUAUUAUGUUCCAUUUAUUUUUUCGAUUCCGCUUUCGAUGCUGCCGGGCGCAUGACACGUGUGUGCGAAGGCGGUUUUUUUUUUCUGUUUGACCCUUUAAUUCGCUAAAUGGACGGAGAAGGACGACAACCAGGACGCUGCUUACCGGGAGGUAUACAUUCAUAAUGUAGAUAUAUUGUACGUUUACGAUUUAGGUAUUUAUUACAAAGUAUGGGAUGGUAGUAAAAAAGGAAAAGUGAUAAAAUUUGUCGUAUGGCUUCCUUUCCUUUGAAUGGUGAACUGGGAAAACUAGGGUAGACAUUAGUUCAGAGAGGUACGGUGAGGACUGGAUUUUAUUCUACAUUGAAUUUAUUCUAAAGUUUGAGCUUCAUUCUCGUUAGAUUUACUUUCCGUGUUAAACAUUAUUCGAAACAUAAUGAGAUAAUCAGAAAGCAUUAUCUUGCUAUUCAGAGUAUGCUUUCUUGACAUCCAUACUAACAUAAUGUGUUUCGCAGGGUGUCCAAGUCUAAAAAUACCUAUCAUGGCACUAUUACGAUUUCUCCCCAAAAGUUCCAUGUUUAGAAAAUAGCAUGGUCUUACUGAGGGAAUCUAGGUCUCCACGACUCCUGGACCUAUUCGUAAUGGAUUGGUUUUUGCUUCUUUCAGCGAGUAUUUUCUUGUGGAACUAUAACAAUUUUGUACAGAGAUUUUACUUAUCAAAUGCAAACAUGAAAAAAAAACAAAAGUUUCGAAAAAAAAAAUGUUUUUAAGACAUGCGAUGGACAUUUAAAAAAACAUGGAUAUUAAAUCUGACCGGAAUGUGUCAGACCUCGUACUUAUUGAUCGACCACUGUUGAAACAAACAUAAUCUCUGAAUUAACAAAAAUCACCAAUGAAAUGAAACACAAUGCUUAGCUCCCGUUAUAUUGAUAAGCAUAUGUCAUAAAGCAGUUCGCUUCUAAUGCAAAUCACUUCACAAAUUCAAAUGUGUCCGUAAUCAUUUCGAUUAUUGUUCCCUUUUUUCUUCCCAAAAGCUCAAUCACAUCAAUGACAACUGGUUUGAAUGUAGCAAAAUCAUUCAAUGACGUACAAAUUAUAGUUACAACAUAUAUCUAAAAAACAGCCAACCUAACUAAAAUUAUCGCGAAACGGAAAUAUACGGUAUUGUAAACUAAACAAACAAUCCGAGGGAAAUGACAUUAGUUUUACUUGGGCCGAAAAAGACGACAUAUCCCGAAAAGCAAGAUGACAAAAUCGGGAAAAUCCCGUCUUUUUAUGUUCUUUAUGAAAACGAGUGUCAAUUUUUCCUCAAAAACCGAAGAUAGAAUUCCUACUGAUUAAAUUUGGAAAUUGAAAACAAUUUUCUCCGUAGGACGAGAACAAUUUUAAAUUCGACCGCAAACGUGAAUUGAAUUCGAGGUUUCUGCGUACAUAGAAUCACUUUGUAUUACUGGUGUGCAGUGCUCAUCCCCAUCACGCUAAUAAACACCCACACCUCCCUCUAUGGAAAUUUGACUUUUGACGCCCUCAUUGAUACACAUCAAAAACAAUAGGUAACGUGCCGUCGUCGUAUUGGUGGCGAUCCUCGUUGUGUUUUAUUAGCACAUAAGCCAAGAAAGCGAGCUUUUAUCUAAAUGUAUGCCCCACGCGAAAUUGUUAAUUAUUUUUAAGUAUUUCAGUUGUAAAUAUCAUUUCACUUUGGACAGGUUUUUAGACAUUUUUUUUCUCUACAAACAAUGGCAGUAUGGGUUGUAAUAGGUUUAACGGCUUUUAAGUUAUCUUUGGUGCUUUACAAUUGUACCAAACCCGCCAGUAGCUUUUGUAUAGCAAGGUUAACGUUUUUCCCUGACUUCUUUUGAUAACUAUAGAUAAACAAUAGUAGUCCGCACGUGUACCGCCGAACCACAGUAGGAUAAAUUAUUCUGUAAAUAUACCUGAUAAAAGUAAAAUUUGCUGAAACGCACUGAUUUUAAUUUUGAGUAGAACCUCCGCAAAACACAAAAAAACGACUGGCGCACUAUAGCACAUUCAUACAUAAAAAAAAUUGAUCGUUGACAAAUCAGGCAGGAACUUUUUCGAGGCAUUUCUACAAGUGGUGUAGUGUGCCCCAUAUAUCUAUUACACAUGGGUACGGGAUAAACGUAGUAAUGCUAAACUAUUAUAGCCAAAUAAGCAAACAAAAUUGACACAAUUUUAUCAACUAAGAAAUUAAUAAAGAAGCCCAUAAAAGAAACCAUCACACACGCAAAAACCAACUGAAUGUGACACAAUGCAUGCUAUAAGUGGUUAAGUGUAUAGAAUGCUCCAGCAAAGUCUUUAUGUAGGCGAAGCAUUCAAGGCUGAGAAAUAUGAACGGUAGAGAAUUACUAAAAAUAAAAAAAAAAACAAUGGCAAAUCUUCUCAGCGUCAUGUCACAGAAUAGUCAUUGAAAGACGACAAGAAACACGAUUUUUAUGGUACAUAUAUAUUUUUUCGGAAACAUACGUAGAAUACACGUACUCAAACUACUCAAGUCACAACACAGACACACAAACACGUGCAGAACCGAACAAACUUUAACAAAAGCAAAAACAAACUGUAGUCUACUUAUCGUGAAACAGUGAAUACAUUUCGUCACAUGAAAAAGAUGUGCAAUAAUA